UGUUUUCCACUUUCAAUCACUUUUUUUUUCUUCCAGUCCGUCUCACAAGGCGCUCUUUAAGCUCCGGUGUUGCCACACAGAGCAGCCAUUCAUCGGCUCUACAGUCAGCCACACACACUCCCAUGUUGAACCACUGGACACCUAAACUGGUGUAACUGCUUUUGCUGAAUUCCAGCCAGCGGUGGAAAGGAUUUGGACACUUUUACGCAGCAGUAUGGCUUUGCCUGAGAAGAGUCACCAGUAACCGGGAUCGUCGUAGACUCCAGACGUCUUAUUCAAUUAAAACAAUUUAAUUACUCUGAACAGUUUGGACUCUCUCUAAAAACAAAUUUUGCAUUCGAGGGUUGUCUUGCCAUUAGUUGAAAGUUAAACAAAAUGUCCGGCGAGGACCACAGCCUGUCCGAGGCGGAACUGAGUCCCGGAGGGUCAGACGACGGUCACUCACUGUCACCGACUCAACCCGGGGCGCCACCCGGCCAGGGCUCACCUCUGACCGGGCCGUCGCAGCAGGUGUCCGCGCUCUGUGUCGGGGAUGGAAGCGCGGAGGAUGGAGGCAUGUCCGGAGCCAAAUCAGAGGAAGAGGAAGAUCGCUUCCCGAUCGGCAUCAGGGAGGCGGUCAGCCAGGUGCUGGACGGAUAUGACUGGACACUUGUGCCGAUGCCGGUGCGCGUAAACAACGGGAACAAAGCUAAGCCCCACGUAAAGAGGCCCAUGAACGCCUUCAUGGUGUGGGCACAAGCGGCGAGGAGGAAACUGGCCGACCAGUACCCCCACCUGCACAACGCGGAGCUCAGCAAGACCUUGGGCAAACUGUGGAGGUUGCUGAACGAGAACGACAAGAGGCCAUUCAUCGAGGAGGCGGAGAGGCUGAGGAAACAGCACAAGAAGGACUAUCCGGAGUACAAGUACCAGCCCCGGAGACGCAAAAACGGCAAACUAGCGCCUGCCAGCGAGUCAGAUAGCCAGGGGGAAGGGGAGGCCAGCCACUCCCAGUCACACUACAAGACCCUGCACCUGGAGCACAAUGGUGGGGCUGGGUCCCCCCUGGGUGACCUGCACCACCACCACCAUCACCACCACCAUCCUGCUGGUCAGGGUCACAGCCCACCCACACCCCCCACCACCCCAAAGACAGAACUCCAGUCUGGAAAACUGUCAGAUGCCAAGAGGGAGUCAGCAGCAGGAGCGGCCGGAGGAUCAGGGGGGUCCAGGGGAGCCCUUGGGGUGGGAGCUGAAGGGGCGUCUGGUGGUUCAUCAUCAAGCGCUAAACCCCACAUCGACUUUGGCACCAUGGACAUCGGCGAGAUUAGUAACGACGUGAUGUCCAACAUCGAGCCGUUUGACGUAAACGAGUUUGACCAGUACCUUCCUCCAAACGGCCACCCGCAGAGUGCACCUGGGGCCACGGCAGCCGGAUCUUCGGCCUCGUCUUACGCCUACGCCCUGGCUGCUGCAAGCGGGCACUCCGCCUGGCUCUCCAAACAGCAGCAGCAGCCUCAGGUCUCUCCAUCUUCCUCCGACCCCUCCAAGGCCCAGAUCAAGAGCGAGUCUGCGUCCGGGAGCCACUACGCCGAGGCCUCGUCCUCUCCCUCCUCAGGCUCCCACGUCACCUACACCCCUCUCAGCCUCCCUCAUUAUGGCUCUGCUUUCCCCUCGCUGGCCUCCAGGGCUCAAUUUGAGUACGGAGAGCACCAGGCCCCCGGGGCUUACUAUGCCCACUCCAGCCAGGCCCCGGGGCUGUACUCAGCCUUCUCCUACAUGGGUCCUACACAGAGGCCUCUUUACACUACCAUAGGAGACCCCUCCAGCGUGGCCCCCUCUCACAGCCCCACACAUUGGGAGCAGCCUGUUUACACCACACUCACAAGACCUUGAGGGAGACCAGCUGAGCAGAGGGAAAUAUGGGAAGCGUGUGAGUGGAUCUGUGUGAGCGUGUGAUUCUGUAUACGUGUGUGUGUGCGUGUGCCCGUGCCAUAUUGAUGUUAUAUUAGAGGUUUUUACUUUUUUAGCCAAUAUAAUGCAAGACGCAUCCACGGGGCCUUACACAGUUAAAAAAAAAAAGACAGCCA